AUGACAAUGAAUUUAGCUAUAGGCAUAAAAAAAAUCAAUUUUGAGGUGGGGAUUAAGGUGUUUAGCAUAUGUGGUAGAGAUUGCGCAGAACGUGAUACAUCCAGCCCUAAUGUCACAGGGAUUUCAACUGCUACAUCUCACUCAUAUGCAGAACCUGAAUGCGCUCAGCCAGUACCUGGAAGCAAUCUUGCACCUCCUGCCAUGCUACAAUUUGCAAAGACAAGAAAGUUAUCUGUUGAACGCUCUGACCCCAGAAACCGUGCGCUCCUGCAGAAGCGGCAGUUCUUUCACUCACACAAAGCUCAGCCAAUGGCAUUGGAGCAAGUUUUGUCGGAUCGGGACAGUGAAGAUGAAGUUGAUGAUGAUGUUGCAGAUUUUGAAGAUAGACGGAUGCUAGAUGAUUUUGUGGAUGUUACUAAAGACGAAAAGCAAAUGAUGCAUCUCUGGAACUCAUUUGUGAGAAAGCAACGGUAAUCUUCUUUCUCAACUUUUUGGUUCUACAUUUCCUCAUUCUUUUCUGUUUAUGAUGUUCUUCCUUGCAUGGGUCUUUCUGUGCACAAAACCAGGUAAUUUAUUGCAG